CAGCAGCAGCAGCAGCAGGCGGCCGCGCCGUCGCUUAAGCGCGCGCGCCCAGACUACGGCGAUGGUCCUGGAGGACAAGAGAUGGCAGGAUAUUAUCCGCGGGAAAAUGCAGGUUACCACUCACUUAGAGACAAUGAAGCAAUUGGAGCAUCUUAUGACCGCUACUUACGCAAUGGGAUGCCUUCUGUGGCAGCCAAUGAACCAAGUAGGGCAGUUGUUGGUGCCAUGGGUGGAGGUGCAAUGGUUGGUGGUGGAAUGAGUGGAUAUCCUGUUGAUGAUCGCCGUAUGAUGGGUGUCGUUGGUAUGGACAGCAGAGCCAUGGGGUAUGGUGCAAGACCUGAGCCUCCUCUCCCCCCGGAUGCAUCCAACACUUUGUAUAUUGAAGGUCUGCCUGCAAACUGCACUCGUAGGGAGGUUUCACAUAUAUUCCGCCCUUUUGUUGGUUUCCGUGAAGUGAGGCUUGUCAACAAAGAGUCAAGACACCCUGGUGGAGAUCCUCAUGUCCUGUGUUUCGUUGAUUUUGAUAGCCCUGCCCAAGCUACUAUUGCACUUGAAGCCCUGCAAGGUUAUAAGUUUGACGAACACGAUCGUGAAUCAGCCCAUUUAAGGCUGCAAUUCUCGCGCUUUCCUGGUCCGAGGUCAGCUGGUGGGCCUCGUGGUAGGCGUUAAGUCGUGCGGGUCAGGUGGUUGGCGAACCUACCGAUUAUUCGAGCGAUCGAACCUGCUUGGUGUAACGCUUUGCGCUGAAUUCUCCGCCGGUGGCUCGUAGCGUUCGUCAGCCGAUGUCGUGAAAGCGUGAAAAGGACGAUGCAAUAAUCUCGCUGUUCAGUAUCCAUUAGAUUCUCGGGGUCGCAUGUGUGUCUGCUUUAGUAUUUAUGGUCUACUGUAUUUUGUUAUCUCGCGGCGUGACCCAGACAAUACCGGUCUUUUAUCAUGUGUAACGCUAACUUUCUUAAAGCACUUGCUUGUUUGUUUAGCCAUGCUAGUAAUAUCAACUCUUCUCUUCGUCUUCC